CGCAGUAAGGUGUCGGCCGCGGUCGCGAGUGCCAGCGGUGUGCAACGUGACGUUCAGUUCAGUGCCGAGACUGCGUCGUUCCGCCUGUCUGUGCGUCACGGCUGCGAGGCGGCGGCUCUGGCGUCGGCACGGGCACAGGCUGCCGGCGACAUGCGGCGGUAGCAGCAGCAGGGCGGAGGCCGAGAAGACGGCGGGGCCAUCGAUCCGCGGCCACGACCACGGCGACUGGAUGGUGCGAUGGUGCACAGUGAGGGCGGCCCCGGCACCAGGGCCAUGUUCUACCGCGACAACUCGACGUCGGCGCUCGGCCUGCCCAAGAGCCCCAGCUUCCACAGCGGCCUAGAUCUGGUGGCGGCGGCCGACCCGGGGGUGGCCGGAGGGGGGGACGGCGGUGGCGGCGUCGGGCUGCCCGGCGGGGCCGCCAUGGCCAAGGCCGGCGAGGCGCGCUCCGCCGCCGACGUGCUGGGCUACGGGCAGGCGAUGCCCAGGCAGCUGCCCCCGCUGCUAGAUGCACCUGCCAAUGAGAGGGAACAGCUGUUCAUACAAAAAAUCAGACAGUGCUGCGUGUUGUUUGAUUUUGUGUCGGACCCACUGUCUGACUUGAAAUGGAAAGAAGUGAAAAGGGCGGCACUCCACGAAAUGGUGGAGUACGUGAGCUCACAGAGGGGUGUCAUCACGGAUGCCAUCUACCCGGAAGCUGUCAACAUGUUUGCAGUGAAUCUGUUUCGGACGCUGCCACCUUCGAGUAAUCCCAACGGGGCAGAGUUUGAUCCUGAAGAGGACGAACCCACCCUGGAGGCAGCGUGGCCCCACUUGCAGCUCGUCUACGAGUUCUUCCUACGGUUCUUGGAGUCUCCAGACUUCCAGCCAAAUGUUGCAAAGAGAUACAUCGACCAGAAAUUUGUUUUACAGUUGUUGGAAUUAUUUGAUUCCGAAGAUCCUAGAGAGAGAGACUUUCUGAAGACAACUUUGCAUAGAAUUUAUGGAAAAUUUCUUGGACUUCGCUCAUAUAUAAGGAAGCAAAUAAACAACAUAUUUUACAGGUUUAUUUAUGAAACUGAGCAUCAUAAUGGCAUUGCAGAGUUGCUUGAAAUAUUGGGGAGCAUUAUCAACGGUUUUGCACUGCCUCUGAAGGAGGAGCACAAAAUCUUCCUGUUGAAGGUCCUGCUGCCUUUACACAAGGUGAAGUCGUUGUCUGUGUACCACCCACAGCUGGCCUACUGCGUGGUGCAGUUCCUGGAGAAGGACGCGUCCCUCACGGAGCCAGUCAUAAGGUCGCUCCUCAAGUUCUGGCCCAAGACACAUUCACCAAAGGAGGUAAUGUACCUGAAUGAAUUGGAAGAAAUUCUGGAUGUUAUUGAACCAGCAGAAUUUCAGAAAGUGAUGGAUCCAUUAUUUCGUCAACUAGCUAAAUGUGUUUCCAGCCCACAUUUCCAGGUGGCAGAACGGGCCCUUUAUUACUGGAACAACGAAUACAUUAUGUCUUUGAUAAAUGACAAUGCUGCUGUUAUACUUCCAAUCAUGUUUCCUUCUCUGUAUCGCAAUUCAAAAUCUCACUGGAACAAGACAAUACAUGGAUUAAUAUAUAAUGCUCUGAAGCUGUUCAUGGAGAUCAAUCAGAAACUUUUCGAUGAGUGUACACAGCAGUUCAAACAGGAAAGACUUAAGGAUAAAGAACGCCAGAAAGACAGAGAGGAAGCUUGGAGUCGCAUAGAGGAAUUGGCUAUGAGAAAUCCCGGAUAUGCACCGUCGAGAACAAACAGCAUUGCCAGCAGUAUGGAUGAAAUGUCUUCACCUCUUGGGGAAGGUGAAAUUGAAGAUGAUUUGUCUAUGGAAAAGCUCGAGCUGGAAGCGAGAGAGGUGAGGAAAACCUGCAACAAAGAGAAACCAUUACUCCGACGAAAAUCUGAACUUCCACAUGACACAUAUACUCUUAAAGCUCUUAUUGACCACAAGCGGGCUGACGAGUAUCUUCCGACGCCACCUGAUGUCAACAAGUGCUAAUGAAGGCAGUUUAGUAACAGACGUGUCUGACUCGGUGGAAGCAGCGCUUGAGGCGGAGCCAGAGGACGUUGAUACAUCCCUACACAAGUUCCGUCAAGCAGUUCAGCAAAAGUGAUAAUGCAGUUGGCUGUGCAAUUGCAAAAUGUAUUAAUAGCUGUUGCAGCUGAAAUAAUCCUCACAUUUACACUUUGAGUUGUUGCAGUUCAGUAAUUUAGGAGGAGCAUGAUUAUAAAGUGCUUUCCAGGAACAUUAGAAAAAUGAGUAUUUGGAGACUAACAGGCCUGAAAAAAUGGAGAACCUAGUCCUUGAAAAACUAUAGAUUUGCAGCGUUACCUCUGUAUAUAUCCUUGCAGGCAUUUUUCAACAAUCCAGAAAAAACAUGUUUAUAGUGCCAGGAAAGCUUAUGACUGUGGGUGUGCUAAGUUGACCAUAAAAUGUAGAUAACCUAUACAUAAUGUUUUUGUUAUUGUCUGAUUGUGCUGCCAGCGUAUUUUCAGUGUAAAUAAAGUGACUUAUUACUGCUGUAAGUCACUCUGUUUCACCGAUAUUAAUUUUCAUUUUAGAGGUGAUGCUUUUCUAUAUUGAAGGCAAUAAAGUUGGGAGAUACGCUGUGUAGGAAAUUCUGGUAAUACAAUUAAUUGCUUGGAAGAAACUGAAGGGAUGUGUGUGUGUGUGUGUGUGUGUGUGUGUGUGUGUGUGUGUGUGUGUGUGUGUGCGUGCGUGCGUGCGUGCGUGCGUGCGCGUGCGUGCGCGCGCGUGUGUUCGUGCGUGGGUGCGUGCGUGCGUGCACAUGCGCGCGCUCGUGAUGAGAGAGAGCUAAAUGCAGCUGAAAGUUUCAUAAAUUGUUAUAUAAGGUAACACUGCUUAUUAGUAUGGCAACAUCAUGAAGUUGUUUAGUUCAGGAAUGGCAGCAUUCCCUUGAACAUGGGAUAAUUGCAGAGCAUCUAGUGAUACAGAAUAUAGCUUAUUUCAAAAUACUUAAUGGGGUAGUCGAUAAUUGAGGAACUUCCAGAUUCAGCGUUUGGAUUUGCCAGUCUGACACAGUGAAUAAUGCAUACUGUUGGAAAAAUUGUACUUUUGUGGCCUUUCAAAGUUACGCUCAGAAGUGUUUUUGUGCUGUUAUUCUCAUCACUCAGUGGCCUUUGAAGCCGUACUUGGAAGCAGUCGUGAGCUUUGCACUCUUUAAUGCCUGUAAUACAUAAGUAUUGUUACCAAUAUAGAGAAUUAUUUUUAUCUUGUGUACAAUCCUUCCACGUGAUAUGUUGCGGCAUGUAUUUAUAAUGGCAAAAUACAACUUCAUAUCAUUGUUACUCUGAUCAAGCAUGAAUGUUGAUAUGUGAUUCAAGUUGGAUUGACCAUAGUGCCAUAGUUUCAUAUAAUUUGAGAGUAAAGUGUGUUUAUAUGGUGAGAUUGAUCACAAUUUCUGGGUAUUUUUAGUGGACUGAUUUUUGUGGAGCACAGAACUGUCAUUGAGCUAUAACUAAUAAUUAAUUACCUGGAAAGAGAAAGUUGACAGUGUGGCACUAAUGUAUGAAGUAAUAGUUGAGAUCGGAAGUUAGCUGUUUUUUGCAACACUGGGGAGAUGUAUGAGGCUUCCACCAUAUUUGGUUGAAGCAAUUAUUAUUUGUAGGGAAGAGAUGUUUCAUGAUAAUAAACCUAAAAUUAGAACCUAGUCAUUGAUGCCAUGUAGUAACUCUUGAAUGAAACACUGGUGGGUGCUGUUGAGAACUUUCAAUGUUAUCAAGUCUGUGAUAUUUCUGACUUGAAGAGUUUCCUUUCUGUCUGCAUGUUAUCGAACAGUGUUUUCAAGGAAACUUGUGUGUGACAAGGAUCUUUUACUGCAUGUACAUCCAAAAGCAUGGUAUUUUUUACUGAAAUAUUGAUGGAUGAUUAUAAAGGCAG